CGAGGAUGAUUGUGGUGCAACUGUGGUGAUUGCAGGGCGGUCAUGUGGAGGGAUGGCGAGGCUUUGCCUCUUUCAACAGAUCAUAAGCCUUAUCGAUUUGAUGAACUGGCAAGAAUUGAGAGAUCUGGUGGAUGGGUUGUGAACUGGCAUGGUUUCAGAGUUCAAGGGGUGCUUGCCAUCUCGAGAUCUGUAGGAGACUAUGAUCUCAAGCCACAUGUGAUCUCCACGCCAGAGUUGACCGUCAUCAACCGGACAGACAAAGAUGAGUUUCUGAUAUUGGCAAGUGAUGGACUGUGGGAUGUUAUUUCCAAUAUCGUGGCGUGCAGGGUGGUUAGGAACUGCCUCACUGGACGAUCAGCCAAGAGAUAUCCGGACUCUGUUAAAGGGCACACUGCUGGUAUUGCAGCUUCACUCUUGACCAGGAUGGCAUUUUCACAAAGAAGCUUGGAUAAUGUGAGUGCAGUGGUUAUCCAGUUUGCAGACUUGCUAGAAUGAUCUUGUGAAGGAGGGUGCUGGUCUUUUUACUGGCCUUGUUUAGGUAUAGAGUGUGUAUGUUGUCGUAUCUAAUGGUAGAUGUCUAGUCUAAGCAAGGGGAAGAGCUGAAGAGUUGCAACAUUAACCUGGGAUAGGAAAGAAAAUUGGGAAGAUAUGGUUUUUUGUUAUGUCGAAGUUGUAAAACAAUAAUGCUAAUAAAAGGCCAGAAAUGAAGUUUCAAAUUGAA